AUGAAGUUCACUCAAGGUAUCGCGCUAGCGAUUCUCGCUUAUACUGCUAAUGCGGCUACUUGGAUUGUACCUGGUGCUAUAUGGACGGACACCAGUGGUGCGAGGAUCGAUGCGCAUGGUGGGAAUAUUGUACAGAGGGGAGAUACUUUCUUUUGGGUUGGUCAGAGUGCUAGUAAUAGUAUGUUCAAUCUUCAUUAUCCCCUGUUGCGACUAAAAGCAUAACUGAAUGGCAUCGAACUUUGACGUAUAAAAACAGGAAUUUUACUGACAUUAUCAAAUAGACGAGCAAGCGUUCAUGUACUCCAGCACCGACCUCCUAAACUGGACCCCCCUCGGUAAACAAAACGACGUUCAAUAUCUUUGGAGACCCAAAAUUGCCAAGCCAAAUGGAAGUUUCUGGGUAGGAGUUUUUCCUUCUAUCAGAUAUCCCAUAAUACCAAGAUUAGUCCUGUGUUUUAAACUCAUGCCACAUCAUAGCUUUAUGGACAGCUGGACCGCCACAUCCAAUCAAUGGUAUCCACCACGAUGGUAGGAAAUUACAAACUUCAUGGAGCAGCGGUUUCUGUUCCACCAAACGAUCUCACAUACUCUGAUACUGGGAUGUUCAGAGACACAGAUCUGGCUUGGUAUAUUAUUACAAGUGCGGAUCACAAUACUGUAUCGAUCAACAUUCUUAAUUCAGAUGGUAGUGUUGGUGAUAGGGCCAGCAAACUCGGUGAGUAUCGUCCUCUUGCAAUCUAGACCAAACACUGAUGCGAAUUAAGCUGCUGGCGCAUAUGAAGCCCCAGGUAUCUUAAAGGUGGAUGGUACCUAUUAUCUAAUCGUGAGCGGAAAGACGGGAUGGAGGAGUAAUCCAAACAAAGGUUCGAGUGUUUCUUACAUAGUAUCUCUUGCCGCCAUUUUGAUCUAACUUCGCAAUUCCACAGUCUUCACAUCUUCUUCGAUUAACGGCCCCUGGGAAGGAGGCUCUAAUAUCGCGCCGGAAGCAGAAAAAACCUACAAUAGCCAAAAUACCUUUGAGUUGACUAUUGCCGGAAGUAAGACGACGACGUAUAUUUACAUGGGUGAUAGUUGGGAUUCAAAGGGUGGUCCGGAUAGCACUCAUAUGUGGCUUCCGAUUAAGGUUAAUUCUGGGUAUGUUUUGUACCUCUAGCUCCGAGCACUUCAAUUCUCGAUUCUAGGAGUAGAGAGAAAAGCUGAUGUUCGUUCUUCAGCGCAAAGACUUUGACUUUGGACUACCAUGCUAUGUGGAAAGUGGAUGUCAAGACCGGUGUGGUUUCUUUCCCUGCAGCUGGAAAAAGAUAUGCCGCUUUGGAUGCAGAAAGAAGCGGGAAUUCGGUAGCAAGAAAACGCUCCGUCCAUCGAGGUUGGUUUGACCUGCUUUAAAACCUGGCUUUAUCACUAAUCACCCCGAAAUAGUCGAUUCUAGUAGUGGACUCGUAUUCCGAAAUAUCACUGGCACGGGCAAGAAACAAUGGGUGUCUUUCCAUUAUACCGUGAAUAGCCAAGAAGGUAUGCCCAGAUGACUGCUCCCUUUUUGCCAAGAGAGUUCUUACUGAUCCGUAUGAUUCAGCUGGCGAUGCGUUUAUCAUGGUCAACGAGGAAACGAGACCAACCAAUAUCUCGGCUUUGAAUUUGAGGGCUGGGUUCCAUAAUACAGUUCCCGUGGAGAUCCAUCUUGAAAGGGGAAGUGAGAAUAUUAUAAAGUUUGGAGUUGAAGGUUCUGGUAUGGUCUUACGCUCCCUGAUUUGGAAUUUGAUGCAUAUGAUGCUAAUCACUUCAUUGAAAAGGAUUCGAAGCGACGGUAGAUGGAAUUGAGGUUUUUGAGGAUGAGGAAGAGUUGUAA